AAAAAAAUAUGUCCAUUCUCAUUUUCCAACCUUCUCAAAAGACUUUUGCCAAAAAAAAAAAUGGCAACCGUCACCACACAAGCAUCCAUGGCCGCCGUCGCCCUCCGGCCAUGCACUACCAAAUCAAGGUUCCUCACUGGUUACUCCGGCAAGCUAAACAGAGAAAUCUCCUUGAAUCCGGCGUUUUCCAUUAGCCCAUUGAGAAUUGAAGCCAAGAAAGGUGAAUGGCUACCUGGUUUGGCUUCACCAAUUUACCUCAAUGGCAGUCUAGCAGGGGACAACGGGUUUGACCCAUUGGGUCUAGCAGAGGACCCGGAAAACCUAAGAUGGUUCGUGCAAGCGGAGCUAGUAAACGGGCGAUGGGCAAUGCUUGGAGUCGCCGGAAUGUUACUACCGGAGGUACUUACAUCCACCGGAAUCUUAAACGUACCAAAAUGGUAUGAUGCUGGAAAACAAGAAUAUUUCGCAUCAUCAUCAACCCUUUUCGUGAUCGAAUUCAUCCUUUUCCACUAUGUUGAGAUCCGAAGAUGGCAAGAUAUAAAGAACUCGGGAAGUGUAAAUCAAGACCCUAUUUUUAAAAGUUAUAAAUUACCACCCAAUGAAGUCGGAUAUCCGGGUGGGAUUUUUAACCCAUUAAGCUUUGCUCCUACACAAGAGGCUAAAGAGAAGGAAAUUGCUAAUGGGAGAUUGGCUAUGUUGGCGUUUUUAGGGUUUGUGGUGCAUAAUAAUGUGACGGGUAAGGGUCCGUUUGAUAAUUUGUUGCAACAUCUCUCUGAUCCAUGGCAUUCUACCAUUGUUCAAACAUUUGCUAGCAACUAAAUCCAAACAGGUCGCUAGAAAAAUAGAGAGAUCAAGAUCAUGAAUAUGUUUGCUUAAUCUAUUUAAUUUGAUCUGUCUAAUUAAUUGAUGAGAUUUUAGAAGGUUUAAAUCUAUCAAUAUAUCAAGUUGGGUAACAAUUAAUUAAAUUAAUGUUAUAAAUUCAAAACAUUUAGUUUAA